AUGUAUAUCACGUUUGUAUGGUUUCGUAACAAAUAUUUAUUAUUUAUCAUGGCAUCAUGUUCAGAUUUAACUAAACUUUCAUCAACAAUGGAUUGUCGACCUAUCAUAAAGGCUACACCAGUCGCUGCUAUAUCAGCAAGUAAAAAAUUUGUUGAACCUUUUAAUCGACUUAAACAUCGUGCAAAUUUAUUUCGUCGAAAACUUUAUUCAUCACAAUUAGAUAUUCAUAAUCAUUGUUCAUCAUAUAAUAAUUCUUCUAAUCAAAUAAUAAAAACAGAUAAUAAUAAUAUUAUUCUUAAACGAUCAAAUUCAAUGAUAUGUCCACAACAACGUUUACAAACACUUUUAAAAACUAAUAAUAAUAAUAAUAAUAAUCGUAAUUCAAUUUGUGUUGAAUUAUCUGGUUGUUCAAUAGAUGAAAGUUCAACAGAUGAUUAUCAUUCAAUAAAACUAUCAUCAAAUCAUUAUUUAAAUAAAAAAAUACAUUCACCAAUGAGUAAUAUUAACGAACAGGAUGUAUAUCCAUCAAAUGAAUCACUUAAUGAAAAUAAAAUUCAAACAGUAUCAUCAUUACCUAAUAAUAAUAAUAAUAAUACUGAACAGACAUCUGUCAUAUCUUCUUCACCUCAAUUAACAAAGAAUGAUAUUAGAAACGAACAAAAACAACAACUGAUUCCUUCUGUUAUAUCUUCAUCAUCAAUGAUUGUAUCACGAAAUAAUAAUGAAAUAAUUCAAUUACGUCGUCAAUCAUAUUCAAAUAUAUCUUUUCCUGAACAACGACAAUCAACAUGUUCAUCAUUUGAUGAACCAUUUUAUGAUUGUAAACAAGAUACAUUAUCAUUAAAAUCAACUCAAAAUUUUGAUAUAUCUGUAUCAAAAAUGUCAAUAUGUACAAUGACAGGAAAAUCUUUAAAUAAUCUUGAUGAAUGUUUAUCAACAAUGUCAUCAGAAGAUAAAGGUGUACAAACAACAUUUAAUGAAUCAAUAACUAUGAAUUCAAGUAUUAUAAGAAAUAAUUCAUCAACAAGUUUAUCAUCAUCAACAACAUCAAUACAAACUGAUUCACUUGAAAAUAAAUCAAAAAUAAAUGAAACAUUAAAACAUUCUAUUAAUCAACGUCUUAUAGAAUCAUAUUAUAAAUGGCCACAUAUAUAUGAAAGAUUACUUAGUGAACGAACAUGUAUUUAUUGGGUUAAUUAUUUAGGUUCGACAGCAAUUAAAAUAUCAAAUGAUGAUACAUCAACAAUGCCAAUUCAUGCAAUUAAUCGAUUAAAACAAUCAACACAAUAUGCACGUGUUUUACCAAUAAUUGGUUUAAGUAUUUCAUCACGUGGUGUUGAAUUUUUAAAACAUUCAAAAGAUCGUAUUGUUAUCUGUUUUCAUGAUAUUAAAUCAAUACAUUGUGCAUGUCAAGAUCAAGAUUUACGUUAUUUUGCUUAUGUUACACAUGAACAACGUUCAAUUAAUAAUAUAUCAUAUGCAACUAUGCAUUUUAAUCAUAAACAAUCAUUAACAUCAUCACCAUCGUUAUCUGUAAAUAGAGAUUAUCAUAAUUAUUGUCAUGUAUUUGUUGUAAAAAAUGAAUCAAUGUCAACUGAAAUUUUAUUAACUUUUGGUCAAGUAUUCGAUAUAGCUUAUCGAAAUCAUCAUCGUUUAAAUUCUAAACAAAUAUAUUCAGAUAAAUCUCAUCGAAAUAUUGAUAUUAAUCGUUAUUCGACUACACCUAAUAAAGUUAUGUCAUCAUCAUCAAUACAUUCACCAGCAACAUCAUCGUCAUCAUCAUUAUCAAACGAUGAACGAAGAAUUUUUAUUUAA